UACUUGUUUGGGAUAGGCGGUGACUCCGAUGGACCGAUGCUCCCGUUUUCUUUUCGUUUAUUUUUUUUUAAUUUUUUUUCCUGUGAAUUUUUAACUUACUUUUUGGAAGAGCAAAAGGCAGCAGAUCAAAGCUGAUGAUGGUCACCGAACUGGAUAUGCAGAGGGAGAGGUCAUCAAAAGCACAGGCACAGCCUCAGCAUAGAGUAUUUAGGGGGGCCGAAGAAUUCGAAUCGAAUAUACUGCACUCAGUAGUAGCACUGGGGUUAUGGCUGGGGGCCAUCCAUUUUAACGUUGCUUUGCUCCUCGUCUCCCUCUUCUUCCUACCUCUUUCUAAAGCACUUUUGGUUUUAGGAUUGCUUGCAAUUCUUAUGGUCAUUCCCAUUGAUGAGAAAAGCAGAUUGGGACGGCGAGUGUCUAGGUAUAUAUGUAAGCAUGUUUGCAAUUACUUCCCAGUUACUCUGCACGUAGAGGAUCUACAGGCCUUCCAUUCUGAUCGUCCUUAUGUCUUUGGUUAUGAACCGCAUUCAGUUUUGCCAAUUGGCGUUGUUGCACUUGCUGACCUCACAGGUUUCAUGCCACUCCCAAAGAUAAAGGUCCUCGCAAGUAGUGCUGUUUUCUACACACCUUUUUUGAGGCACAUAUGGACAUGGUUGGGUCUUACUUCGGCGGCAAAGAAAAAUUUUGUCUCCCUCUUAGAUGCUGGUUAUAGUUGCAUCAUAGUGCCAGGAGGAGUACAAGAGACCUUUCUUAUGGAGCAUGGUUCUGAGAUUGCCUUCCUCAAGUCGAGAAGAGGAUUUGUUCGCAUAGCCAUGGAGAUGGGGCACCCUCUGGUUCCUGUGUUCUGCUUUGGUCAGUCACGCGCCUAUAAAUGGUGGAAACCAGGUGGGAAGUUCUUCCUGAAAUUUUCUAGGGCCAUCAAGUUCACCCCAAUUUACUUCUGGGGAAUUUUGGGAUCUCCUUUACCCUUCAGACAUCCAAUGCAUGUGGUGGUGGGUAGACCAAUUGAGCUCAAGAAAAAUCCACAGCCCACCAUGGAAGAGUUUAUUUUUGCUUUUCAGGUCAUUGAAGUUCACAGUCAGUUUGUUGAAGCGCUUCAAGAUCUCUUUGAAAGGCACAAAGCACAGGCUGGCUAUGCUGACCUUCAGCUGAAAAUUCUUUGAUUAGAUCCUAUUCCGAAAAGGAGGGGAUCCUAUUCUGAAAAAUAAGAUGUCUUAGAAUCAUGAACAUGAUCUCAACUUUUCAGGGUGGUAGCUUAUUUAUCUGAAUACAAUGAGAGUAUUUGUGUCCA